CACACAAAAUUCAAAUAAAAAAUUAUUCACGACAAAAACCGAUCUCACACACCGUCCUUUACAAAAUUUUACAUCUAUUCGCAACAAUAAAGCAAAAAAAUCAGCAAUUUUGCCCAAAACCCAGUAAAUAACUAAUUACAUUUUGCCCGGUUGGUACACCUAGUCUCAAUUGUCAAUAGAAAGUAAAAAGUUCAAUUUUUUGUUCAAUUGUGCGUUUUUCCACUCAACCCUCGAAUAAUGUCAGAUUGUGAGGCCCCUGAGGCCCCCGAAGACGACAAACCCGUCACUUGGUCCGAUUUGGGCCUUGUCGAUGUGCUUUGCAAGGCUUGUGAGCAACUCAAAUGGGCCCAACCGUCCAAAAUCCAGAGAGAGGCCAUUCCUGUGGCCCUCCAAGGCAAAGACGUGAUCGGACUUGCCGAAACCGGCUCUGGAAAAACCGCAGCUUUCGCCUUGCCUAUCCUGCAAACCCUCCUCGAAAACCCCCAACGGUACUUUGCGUUGAUUUUAACACCAACCCGGGAAUUGGCGUUUCAGAUUUCGGAGCAGUUUGAGGCUUUGGGGGCUAAUAUCGGGGUUAAAUGUGCUGUGAUAGUCGGGGGGAUGGAUAUGAUGUCCCAGGCGUUGAUUUUGGCCAAGAAGCCCCACAUUUUGAUCGCGACGCCCGGGAGGCUCUUGGACCACCUCGAAAACACUAAAGGAUUCAAUUUGAAAGCGUUGAAAUAUCUCGUCAUGGACGAAGCCGACAGGAUUUUAAACAUGGAUUUUGAAGUGGAAGUUGAUAAAAUCCUGAAAGUGAUACCAAGAGAAAGACACACGUUUUUGUUCUCUGCGACGAUGACGAAAAAAGUGAAAAAACUACAGAGGGCUUGUCUCAGAGACCCCGUCAAGGUUGAAGUCUCAACUAAGUAUCAAACUGUUGAAAAAUUGCAACAAUAUUACAUUUUUAUCCCCGUCAAGUUUAAAGAUGUUUACCUUGUCCAUAUUUUAAAUGAAAUGGCAGGGAAUAGUUUCAUGAUUUUUUGUUCAACUUGCAACAAUACAAUCAGAACGGCGCUACUACUGCGCAAUUUGGGGCUCACGGCGGUCCCCCUUCAUGGGCAAAUGUCGCAAAAUAAGCGCUUGGCAGCAUUGACGAAAUUCAAAGCCAAGAAUCGCUCAAUUCUGAUAUCGACAGACGUUGCCAGCAGAGGAUUGGACAUUCCGCACGUCGAUGUGGUCAUAAAUUUCGACAUUCCGACCCAUAGCAAGGAUUAUAUCCAUCGGGUGGGGCGCACGGCUAGGGCCGGGCGCUCAGGGAAAGCAAUCACGUUCGUGACACAGUAUGACGUCGAGUUGUACCAAAGGAUAGAACAAUUGAUAGGGAAGCAAUUGCCACUGUAUAAAACCGAAGAAGACGAAGUUAUGGUCUUGCAAGAGAGGGUGGCGGAGUCUCAAAGGCUUGCAAAAAUGGAAAUGAAAGAUUUGACUGAGAAGAAAGGUAAGAGGAAGAAGAAUGAUGGUGGGGGCGACGAUGACGACACUGAGGGGGCCACCGGUGUGCGAAAGCGUCUCAAAGGGGUGAAGAAAGGUAACAAGAAGAAAUAAAAAUUUGACAUGUU